AUGGAAUUCUCAAGAGAUUUUGGUUAUGUUCCAGCAGCAGGAGGCGAUCACGAGAGAAUUUUUUCGUAUCAGCAUCAUCACUCGGAGGAGGAGGAGCAUGAUCACCACAGCCGCCUGAGAGUGUUCUUGCCGAGCUGCGCCGCCGACUCAUACGUUUCUUCCUCCUCUACUGCCGCCGCCGCUGCUUCCACGGCCGCGCACAACGAUUCCUCCUCGGGUUGGCAGACUAUGCUCGUCCACAGCCGGCCGCAACAGCAGCUCCUCAACAUCUUUCCCGAUCACCACGACGAUCACUGCGACCAGCUUGGAGCAGCAGCAGCAGUGGAGAUGGAGCACAAUCAAAUGCGUUUCCACAGCAACGUGGAAACGAUCCAAAGCUACCAUGGUUUCCAGCACCACCACCAGGUCUACGAUCACCACUACGCUCCUCCGGACGAAUCGAUCUAUCACAACAACAGCAGCAGCAGCACGACGAGCAGCACCACCGUGAGCUAUCACCGCGAUCAAUCAUCUCACGAGGAGGAGCUCCUGAUCAAGCCGGGAGGAACAUAUGGUCAAGGAGGGGCUCAUCACCAAGCUCACCACUUCUCGUCCCUGUAUCAAUACGAGCAUCUCUUCUACAAGGUGGUGACUCCCAGCGAUGUCGGCAAGCUCAAUCGAUUAGUGAUCCCCAAGCAGCACGCCGAGCGCUGCUUCCCGCUGGAUCCAUCGCUCCGCAAGAAGGGACGCUUCCUCUCCUUCCAGGAGUCCUUCACUGGGAAAGUGUGGUGGUUCCGCUACUCGUACUGGAACAGCAGCCAGAGCUACGUCUUCACCAAAGGAUGGAUUCGCUUCGUCAAGGAGAACAAGCUCAAGGCCGGAGACAUCGUCUCGUUUGAGAGAGGAUCGUCCAGGCACGAGAAUUUCUACAUCAGUUGUAGGAAGCGGCCGAGAACUCCAUCGGAUGAUCCGGGCACUGUCUCUACUCCUGCCGAUCCCGCGCUUCUCCAGAUGCUGUCAUCGAGCCAGCAAGAUCAUGACGAUCACUCCCCGCAAAAGUACGAGUUUUUCCACAAGGAGGAAGAUCACGAAGAGGACGAGGAGAUGGACGUGGAUCGAGAGGAGGACGAGGACGACAAUGUCACGGGCUCUACAUCUUCGUCCCAGCAACACCAGCAAGCCAUCAAGCUCUUCUCCUCGUCUUCCUCGUCGUCGACGCGAUUGUUUGGAGUGGAUCUGGCCGCCAUGUCCACCACAUACUGCUGUUCUUCAGCGGAAUCCACCUGAUCCACAUCCAAAGGUGGGAUUUUGAGACAAUGGGUCGGUGGAUCGAUGCAUUGGGUCUCGUGGGUCGUGGCUCAAUUCCCCGCUAGCGUCUGGAGGGAGCCGAAUUGCAGCGACAGAGAUUCGAGAAUGUUGGUGUUUUUCUUUGCUGUUUAUGGAGAACUCCGUUGGUUGUUCUUGGCUUGUCUUGGUUUUGGGCUCCAAUUCCAGCGUCCAAUUCCUUUCUCGUUUUCGUGCUUGUCAAUGGAGAGGAAUUGAAUUGAA